GCUGAAGAAGUCAAUCAGUUGGGUAAAGUGACGCUUAAUCGCCGUGAUCUGGAUUUGACUGACAGUGUUUCAACUGAAAUGAGUGGUUCGGCUUUAGCUCAAAGAAGAUCUGCACAUUUGCCAAAAUUGAAAGACUUUCCAACGGACACCGUCUUUGAAAGCGCUAAUGAAGCUCAGGGACGCUUGUUAACCAGCGAUUUGGAUUUUGAAUACACAGACUGUGACACUCACGCCAGUGAGCUGGCAGAACUUUACACGUAUAGCGAAGUAAAUGAGUUUGCGCUAAAUAUUCAAUGUUAUCGUGAUUACGCGGACUCAAAACAGGUUAUAUAUUUACUUUGCUUACAGUUAACUACCUGCUCUCUAACCUUGGUAAUCAUUUACACCGAGACACCUACUUUUUUUUGCAGAGUUAAUUAUUUAUUGCAGACAUUAUGUGGUGUUUUAGCAGCUGAGAUUAAAGAUCCUUUUGAAGGACCUAAUGCGAUGGAGCCAUCAGUCAGCAUGUCAUCAUCACUUUCAAAUAGUCGUUCAGCGUCUAAUGUUGAUCUUUCUGAAAGUGGGAAACGCAGUCGUCGAGGUGCAACCUUAUCUGACAACGAGAUGCUGCGAGUUGUUCUUAGCACUCUGUAUCAUAUGACGGAAUCAAUUAGACGCGAAGAUCUUUCUCUGGAAAUUUCUGAUUUUGCAACAAGAGAAAGAUUUUUAGGGGAGCCGUUAGAUUUUCUUGGCAGUCCGCUUGUGAUGGUUUUAUUUGAUAUGAUGCCUGUCUUUUGUCAUGGGAACAGUCCGCACUUACCUAUGAGGAAGGUUCUGUUGCUGAUAUGGAAAGUUUUAUUAACGAUGUUAGGCGGCUGGAAAGAGCUUCGAGAGUUAAAAGCUGCGAAAAGAAAAGCUGCUGGACUUUGUGAAACUGAAGAUACUGUUUUGAUUGGCGAUUGUUUGAAAGCAUGCAACGUUAAUGGGAAUGAGUUGGAGCAAAACCCAGGUAUUUUUUUUCUGAUAAUCUUUCGCUGCUGUAACAUUGUUUUGCAGAAGGAUCGUACCGCACCAAAAGAACCGCACACCCAUCUGCACGUUUGCUUGGUCGGCAGUUCGCUUGCGUCGCCGCCGAUGACAAAGAGUAGUUCUGGCGACCAAACUCCCAUCGCCGGUUCGCCACCGCCAGUAAUUCACGAAAGCGAUUUUAGGAAAAUACCAUUCCGUUCAAAAGUCCGUGAAGAAGAUAUUGAAGUGUUUCUAGAUCAUAUGAGGAUGAAAUUCUUUCAUUAUCACUUACCUGGUGAUUCAACUACAACUUUUGGUCUUCCGGAGGCUACACGCAUAAGCGUUGAAGCAAUGAGGAGGAACGUUUAUGUUUCUUUAGGAGAUCUGCAGAUACAACGGGAAAAAAAAUUGAACAGAUACCUGUUUUCACAACGCGAAAACGACAUUGAGUUGACAAAUGCUGAACAGUUGUAUCGUUUAAUGCUACCAAAUUUGAGCCAAUACGUUAUUGCGUUGUUGAAAGUAUUGAUUGUGCAUUUGUUUUGCUUAUUUCAGCCAAAGAAUGAAGCCAUCAACAUUUUGUCAGACGUUCUCACUAUUGAAACAGAGGGAAGUGAAGUGUUAUCAAAUUCCAUGAAUUUUGAUGGCUCAUUGAAUAAUGUUUUGGAGCAAAGUGUUCGUAUUGUAAUCGAUGUGAACAGGCAUAAAGAGGUUAUGGUUAAAGCAGCUUCGUCCAUUCUAAUAUUAUUGAUAAAGCAUUUCCGAUUGAACCAUAUAUACCAGUUUGAGUACCUCUGCCAACAUCUUGUUUUUGCAAACUGUAUACCGUUAAUACUAAAGUUUUUGGACCAGAACAUUGUUCGGUACAUACAGUCAAAGCAUGAGCUUUUACCGUUAAACUACCCAGCAGCGCCGUUAUAUUUUGUGAACGCUUUAGAGGAAUGGCCACAGUUAAGUGAUGAAAAUGUUGAGACCGGUGAUUCACAGUCGCAGAAUUACUUCUUGUGGCGUAACGUUUUUUCAAUGAUUAAUCUUCUACGUGUCUUAAAUAAAUUAACCAAAUACAAACACGCUCGAACAAUGAUGCUUAUUGUAUUCAAGUCUGCUCCAAUACUCAAACGGGCUCUUCGCAUUAGACUUUUAUAUGUAUUAAAGCUGUUAAAGAUGCAAGCUCGUUAUCUUGGUCGUCAGUGGAGACGAUCAAAUAUGGAAUUGAUGUCCUCAAUAUUCAGUAGAGUCAGGCACAGGAUUAAUGAUGACUGGGCAUUUGCUAAUGAAAGUCGUUCGAAAUCGUGGGAUUUUGAAACUAAAGAAGCUGCUUUAAAAGCUGCAGUAGAGCGCUUCAACUCGAGGCGUUACGCUAAUUUAUAUCCAGCUUUAGCAUUAGAACCGGAAAAGGCUCCCAGUCCUGGAGAAAAGUACUUGGACACGAUAGAUCUCCGCGAGUUCGAACCAGUUGAUAAUAGUUUUCAAUCCGUCCUGGGUGCUCACCGUGAAAUGAGUGAGCGUUUCAAGAGGAAUUAUAAAAGAUGGUUAGAUGAAGAAGUCUUCCGACGACAGGUUAACUGGGAUCAUCUUUUGUAUAACAAUCGUGGUAUUGUAGAUCUGUUUUAA